CACCGUUCUUCUCAGAUUCACGAUAUACAACUCUACCGUCUUCUCAUCGCGACUCAAAAAAUUAAAUAAUUAUCAUCUCCUUUCCAUCCGCAAUAUUUUCGAAAAAAAAAAAAAAUUCCAAACAAAAAAAACGAUGGUUUCGUGAAUUAUUAAGUGUUUUUUUACCCUUUGAAAAAAUUUUCUUUUUUCCCCAUUUUUGUGAUCGGAUAAAAUAGACGAAUUUUUACGGGAAAAAAAGAACUUUUUGGUUUUUGUUUUUUUUCAAGUGAAAAAAUGGCGGCAAUUUUGGAAACAAGUUUUAUAAUAAAUUCUUGGACUACUGUUCUUCUUUCGCUUUGUCUUUCAUCAAUUUUCUUGAUGCUUUUGGCGAAAAGAGCGCAUUUUUUGUAUACAUUGAGAAAAGUGCCUUCACCGUUUGCUGUGCCAAUUAUUGGAAACGCGCAUCAACUUAAUUGUGAUUUGGAAGAAUUUUUCAAAAAAUUGAUAAAAUGGAGCAAAGAAUUUGGAGACAUUUUUAUAACUUGGGUUGGCAUGAGGCCAUUUUUGUGGAUUUAUCGAGUGGAACAAGUUCAACCAUUGCUGAGCAGUAACAUUCACAUAGACAAAAGUCUAGAAUACGAAUUCCUAAGGCCCUGGAUUGGUACAGGACUAAUAACAAGUAACGGUUUAAAAUGGCACUCUAGAAGAAAACUACUGUCGCCAACAUUUCACUGUGAACUUUUGAGAGAUUAUCUCAAAAUAACAAUGAAGGAAGUUAAUAUUCUGAUAGGUUGUUUGCAACAGGAAAUUGGAAAAAAUGCUUUCGAUAUUGUUCCCUAUGCUAAACGAGCGGCUCUCGAUGUUAUUUGCAACACUGCCAUGGGCUAUCCAAUCAAUGCUCAGACGAAUCACAAAAACGAGUACGUCUUGGCUGUUGAAAGAUUAUCGAAACUCAUGCAGAUGAGGUUCACGAACAUUUGGAUAAAAUGGGAUCCUAUUUUUAACAGGACUUCUUGGGGAAAGGAACAGGCACGCUCGAUCAACAUAAUUCACAGUUUUGUCGACAAGGUGAUUUUCGAAAGGAAACUAGAGUGGUCAAUGAAAUUCGAUGGAAAUUGCAAUGAGACACCGAAAAAAUUCCAAGCCUUGCUGGACUUGUUAUUAGAUGCGACACACAAUGGGGAAACAUUAUCUGACGAAGAUUUGCGAGAUGAAGUGAAUACUUUUAUGUUCGCCGGACACGACACUAUCGCUACGAGUGUAUCCUGGUUUCUCUAUGCAUUAGGAAGACAUCCCGAAUAUCAGAAAUUAAUCAUCGACGAAUAUGAAAGUGUAAUUGGUACGCAAGAACUCACAUUGGACCUUCUUCAGAAAUUAGUUUGGUUGGAUGCUUGCUUAAAAGAAAGUUGGAGAAUUUAUCCAGUUACUCCAAUAAUUGCGAGACAAAUCUACAGUCCUCUUAAAUUAUCUGCACAAGAAAUUCCAGCGGGUACGACAGUGUUGAUAAAUUCCUACAUACUUCAUCGUGAUCCAAGAUAUUUUUCUCAGCCCGAUAUUUUUAUGCCCGAACGUUUUCUGCCUGACAAACCAAAACCACCGCCAUUCACCUACAUUCCAUUUAGUGCCGGUUCAAGAAACUGCAUAGGUUGGAAAUUCGCUCAAAUGGAAGUUAAAGUCACAAUUCUAUCUAUACUUCGAGCAUUUGAAGUCUAUUCCAUUCAAAGUGAAGAUCAACUCAAGUUUGUUGCAAAUCUUGUGCUUGAUAACGCUGGUGGAAUUCCUAUUCAAAUCAAACCGAGACAACUGUAAAAAAAAAUUAUGAUCUGCACAAAUGACUGAUAAUUCAUUUUUUUUAUUCGAUAUUAUCUACGAUACUAUAGAACAAAUAUAUAAGUAUUUUUUAAAGUAUACAACAAAAUGCGAGGAGGAGAAGAAAAAACUCUUUCACUGAGAAAGUAAUGUAUUAUUUUUUAACACUCGAUAUAUUAUUAUAUUGAAAAAAGAUAGAGGCAAUGGCGGAUGGUAAAAAAUACCAAAAAAAAUUUGUUUUUCAAGACAGUAAAAGAUAAUUAUGAGAAUAAUACAGAGAGAUCGAGAGAAUCCAACGACAAAUUUCACGAAGUUGAAGUCCACAACGUUUAUCAACGAAAAAAAUUUAUUUAAUGCAUUCAAGUAUUAUUUUUAAUUUAAUUUUUAAUUGUAAAAUAAUUAUUAUCAAAAUAUAAACACCAAUUUUUUUUCUAAAUAUUUUUGUGUCAAUAUUUAUGCGUCAUUUUUAAUUAAUUUACUAAGUGAACAAUUUUUUUUCGUUUAUCAACGUUGUGGACUUCAACUUGGUCAAAUUUCCCUAAAGUUUCCGCUAAUUUGAUUUUAUUCUUUGAAAAUAAUUAAUUUCCUGACUAAAAUGUUUAAUUAUUUUUUCCAUAAUUUUUAUGGUUAAUUUAUUUUUCUACCAGUGUGUAAUAUUUGAAAACAUUGAAACAAAACAUAAAUUCUUCUAUUUAAAUCGGACGAACUUUGGGGAAAUAAUAGAAAAUGUUUGUUUUAAUUUUUUCCAAAAAGAAGACUGUUAAAUAAAAAUUACCAUUUUAGAAAAAAUUGUAUAUUACCUAGUCGAUUAUUUAGUUAAUUAAAUGUACGUGAUAUAGAAAACUUAACAAUUAUAAGCACGCGCAUAUUUUUUUUUUUUAAUGUAAGUGAUUAUUUUCAACAAGUGAAAAUAAAAACAUUGUAUAUACAAAAUGUAUUAUUGUUUAGAGUUUUGCCUUAAUUUCAAGGCUGAUUGUAUAAAUUAUAAAAAAAAGCGUAUAAAUUGCAUAGGAAUAAUAAUGGCCCUGAUAAUAUGCCUAUGUAGAAAUAAUGGCUUGUUACUUACAAGUGAUUUGUUGAAAUAAAUGUUGACUAAAAGAUUUAUAGACA